GCCCACGUCUUUGAAACGUCAACAGCGCCAAACUUCGGGCUCCCAACGGGAGAACAUGAACACUGAUGCUGAGGAGCCGCAAUGGAGAAAAGUGAAUUCAGUCACAGGAGUGAUACCACGGUCUAGACACGGACACCGAGCAGUUGCAAUACGGGAGCUGAUAGUUGUGUUCGGGGGUGGAAACGAAGGGAUAGCGGAGGACCUCCAUGUUUACAACACUGUCUCAAAGCAGUGGUUCCUGCCUGCGGUGAGGGGGGACAUCCCCCCCGGAUGUGCUGCCCAUGGCUUCGUCUGUGAUGGGACCCGGAUUCUGGUCUUUGGCGGCAUGGUGGAGUUUGGGAAAUACACCAACAGCCUUUAUGAACUCCAGGCUAGUCGCUGGCUGUGGAAGAAGCUGAAGCCCAGGGCCCCAAGGAACGGCCUGCCCCCCUGUCCCCGGAUCGGACACAGCCUCACUGUUGUGGGGAACAAGUGUUACCUGUUCGGAGGGCUGGCCAAUGAUAGUGAAGACGCCAAUGGCAAUGUACCAAGAUACAUGGGUGACUUCUAUGAGCUGGAGCUGCAGUCUUUAACAGGAGUAAGAGGUUGGAGCAUUCCUGAGACAAAGGGGGGGGGUCCCUCAGCACGGGAGUCCCACACGGCGGUCUCCUACACUGGGCUCGGCUCCCCGAAGAUCUACAUCUUUGGUGGGAUGCAAGGAUCCCGGUUAGGCGACCUCUGGCAGCUUGAUCUUGACACAAUGGUUUGGUCGACACCUGAAACCAGAGGUUCCACACCACUUCCCAGAAGCCUUCACUCUGCCAGUGUUAUUGGAAACAAGAUGUUUGUUUUUGGUGGCUGGAUUCCUGCCCCAGAGUCAGACCUGCACACUGCUGUAGAACCUGAAUGGAUCUGCAGUGACUCCUUAACUGUACUCAACUUAGACACUAUGAGCUGGCAGGAUCUUGGCUCACAGCAACAAGACAAUGUUGAGUACCAGCUGCACAGUCAGGGACCCCAGAGUGACGAUCCGUACGCCUUCCUGCCCAAAGCCAGGGCCGGACACUGUGCUGCCAGCGUGGGGUCGAGGUUCUACAUCUGGAGCGGCCGGGACGGGUACCGCAAGAGCUGGAACUACCAGGUCUGCUGUAAGGACCUGUGGUACCUGGAAACAGAGCGACCAGCCGCCCCAGAGGCCCCCUUACUCAUCAAGUCUACCGUCAGCAUGCUUCAUGUGGCGUGGCGCCCCCUGUCUGCAGCAGACUUCUACAUCCUUCAGAUCCAGCCUACACCCUCACCUGCCAAAGCCGUCCAUCUCACUGGAGCAGAGGCACUGGGCAGGAAGGCUGAGGUACUCUCUACAGGAACAGAGGAUUUACAGUCUGUUCAACCUCCAACUGGAGGAACCGCUAAUAAAGAAGAUGAAACAUCACCACAGCUUGGUUCAGCACAAAAGGACACUAGGGCAGAGUCCUCGGAGAGCAAAGCAGAGAGCAGUGCUAGCAGGGACACGGAGAAGGACUGUGACACAAAGCGCUGCAGUGGUGCAGCGGACAUAUCAGCAGAGGUCAGCAGCUCAGCUCAGCAGCAGCCAGAGAAACUGCCAGUGGACAAGACAUCAGAUCUCUCCCAUACACAUCAGGUCCAUCAGACCCCAGAGGAGGUGUGGUUUGAUGUUGGUGUGUUCAAAACACUGUUCUGUGAGGCCAGCCAUUACUAUUUACCUGCAGACAUUGACCAGACGACUGCAGCCAGCAGCAGCCGGCCACCAAACACUAAUGAGCCCUCCCUCCAGAGGAAGUGUCCCGGGCCUCAGGACUACCAGAGCAGAGAGAAGCAGGAGCUGGCUCCAGGGCAGACCUACAGGUUCAGAGUUGCAGGCAUCAACUGCUUCGGCCAGGGAGACCUCAGCCCGGUCAGUGAGUUCAAGACCUGCCUGCCAGGUUUCCCCGGAGCGCCUUCUGCUGUCAGGAUCACUAAGGCCAACGAUUCGGUCCACAUCACGUGGGACCCCCCCCCCUCCCCAUCAGGCCGGAUCCUGGAAUACUCCAUGUACAUGGCGGUGAGGAAGAGCCGCUCCACCAGCUCGGAGCGUCCGGGUCAGAUGGCCUUCAUAAGGAUAUACCGCGGCACCAAGACAUCCUGCUCGGUCAGCUCCACCCAACUGGAGAACGCCCAGAUCGACUGCUCCGCCUCCAACCGGCCGGCAGUGGUCUUCCGCAUAGCUGCUAAGAACGAGCAGGGCUACGGCCCCGCCACGCAGAUCCGCUGGAUCCAAGAUCCUAUUAAAUUGCGAGGGUCUGCCUCCAAAGCUGACAGCAAUGCUGAGGCUGACCUAGAUGCUGCUGACAGCUCCAGCUGAGUGUGUGGACCAAUGACACCCAUUUUUGGAAAGACAAUAUGUGCACUCAGGAAAAUGGCGAUUGUACGUCGCUGUGUUGUCUUACAUUACCUACAGUUUUGUUAAUUUAUUUUCUUACGUAUUUAAUUAUUCCCCUGUAAAUAUAUUUUCAUAGGAAGUUUAACCACUUGGGUAUUUUAGUUACUGAAUUAUUUUGAUAAGUAAUAAGAAAUAUGAUGUUGACCCAACUAAGAAAAAGAUGUAAAACUCUGAAAGCAUCAGCCCGUGUACAUCAGAAAGAAAAACUUGUUAUAUAUAUAUUAAUAUUGCUGUUGUUUUUUUAAUAGGCUAAUUUUCUAUGAUUCAGGUUGGGUUUUUAGAUCUUUUAAGAUCUUUGAAUGUGUUAUCAUUACCCCAGAUUGUUAAAAAAAAUAUUUUGCAAGUC